GCCCAGCUGGUCACAUCUCACCACCCAGUACAAAAACCCACGACACCCAGGGCUCUGUACUGGUCUGUACUGGUCUGCAGGACGAUGGAGCCCGUACGCACCGGUCCGAGCGACGACUGUCUGCACGUGGACGUGUUUCUGGAGGAACGUUCCUCUCGAGCCGGGAUCACCGAGCUGCUCAGGAGCGUCCGGCCACACUGGAGACCCGAGGACGUCCAGCUGAAGGUGUUCACAGAUGGCAUCACCAAUCAGCUGCUGGGCUGCUGGGCGGGGCCUGAGUCGGGCGUGGUGCUGGUGCGGGUGUACGGGCGCAUGACGGAGCUCUUCGUGGACCGUAAGAAGGAGCUGGAGAUACUGAAGCUGCUGCACUCGCACGGCUGUGGACCUCGACUCUACUGCACCUUCCAGAACGGCAUGUGUUACGAGUUCCUGAAGGGAGGAGCUCUGGAGGAACCCAUGCUCCACCAGCCCUCCAUCUACAGGCUGGUGGCAUCAGAAUUGGGCAGAAUUCACUCGAUCAAACCCGAGUCGAGCUCGUCUGUGGAACCCGUCCUGUGGUCCAAACUAACAAACUACAUCAACCUGCUGAGGAGCUGCGAGAACAUCCAAGAGCUUCUGCAGAGAGACUCCCAGAUCCCCAGUCUGGAGGUUUUAUCCAGUGAGGUGGAGGAUCUGAGGAAACAUCUAACAGACGUCGGAUCUCCAACAGUGCUCUGUCACAACGACCUGCUCACCAAGAACAUCAUCUACAACCAGGACGAAGAUGUUGUGAAAUUCAUCGAUUACGAGUACGCUGACUUUAAUUACCAAGCUUACGACAUCGGGAACCAUUUUAACGAGUACGCAGGUGUGAAUAACGUGGACUACAGUCUGUACCCGAGUCCCGAGCUGCAGAUCGACUGGUUAACUCAUUACCUGAGGAGUCUGAAGGUCAACGGCGGGACGAGGGACUCCGGCGUGUCCCAGGGGGAGGUUCAGCGGCUCUACGUGGAAGUCUGUAAAUUCUCUCUGGCGGGGCAUCUCUCCUGGGGUCUGUGGGCUCUGCUACAGGCCAAAUAUUCCACCAUCGACUUCGAUUUCCUGCGGUACGCAGCAGCUCGGUUCUGUUAUUACUUUCAGAAGAAGGAGGAAUAUUUACAGAUGCCGCUUCAUUAAUUCAUUACAUAAAGUCCUGUAUAAAGUGGAAUUGGAACAUUUUCAGACCCCUUGAUGUUUUGCUCUCUUAUUGUGAUGUGGGUUUGAUGUUGAAUAGAUAUAAUUUGCAUUUUCAAUAUUAAUUUACACUCAAUCACCCAGAAUAACAUAAAACAUCACCAGCGUCUGCAGCAGUGACACUAUUUGAAGAUGUAAAUUCUGGAUUGAGGCGGUUUAUCCCGUUUGUAAUGGCAGAUCCUCUAAAGCUCAGACAGACCCGCCGUCUUCAGGCUCUCCACGGGCCUUUGUUUGGGAUUAAGUCCCGAUUUAGGCUCAGGGACCUGCCUCAAAACCAUUUCAGUGUUGUUUUGGCUGUAUGAUUCGGGUCACUGCUGUGUCAGAAGUGCCUGCUAGCUUAGCUUAGCUUAAUCCAGUUAAUGCUACACUUAUCUUGUGAUAAAUGAUACAACCUGAUGAGGAGUUUGUGGAGGUGUUGAGAUAAUGAAUCGAUGUACCUGCUGAUGACCCGCUAAUAAAUGCUAAUUAAUGCAUGAAAGGUUCCUCUUACUCCUCAGUCAUGCUAAAAACAACAGCUCAACAGGAAGUGACAUCACAGCUUUUUGUGACUCUCAAAGCUCCGGUAACUUCCCCAUGGUGACACUUGUGGUUAAAUCUAAUCGCUGCAGUUGGACUAGCCCUGCUUAUAUGGGCACAGAGAAGUGUUGCUGCACCAUCUAAACACCCGAAUACAACAAAAACUACUUUUAUAUUCCUGAUGUACAAAAAUGCCAAAUCAGAGCUCAGAUUCUUUAUAAAAUCACUUUAUUUACUUUUAUUACAACAGGAAUUUAAUACUAAACAGAUCAAAGAUCAAACAUCUGUGUAAAAUAUUCAAAUAAACUGAAUUUAUGAAUUAA